AUGUUGAUAAAAAGUGUUUUCAUGGAGCUGCGCUCUAGGUUGCGAAGUUGCAACGUUUAUAUUACCACGGGAGUGGAUUUUAAGAAAAAUUGCAAUUUGAAGAUUAGCAUACAAUCCAGCUGUAUUGUAUUGAAUUAUUAUGAUGAUUCCAAGAGACGUGACAGUCUGUCGUCUAUAGAAAGUCUUUCGGAUUGCUACUCCGAUGAUGAUGAAGUUACAGCGGUUAUACCGAUACAAGAGUUCUGCCAAAUUAUACCAAAUUCCAUGUCCUGUCUCAAAAUAGAUAAGAAUAAUAUAUCUUUUAGAAUCUUAACUGAGCCUAAAACUGGCGGGAAUUUCUACAAUGAAGUCCUAACCAGUAAUAAUGUGGAAACAAAUGUAAAAACGCAAGAUAUAAAAGUUAAUUUUGAGUCCAAAGAUGAUGUAAAGAUUCUAUGCGGCAAUUGUUCCAAUGUCAUAUCGGAUAAUGUGAUAAAAUUUGAUAGAAUUUUGGAGUUGCCUUCAACAAAUAUUGACAUGUCAGAGUGGUUUUGCCACGCACAUUGCCACGGAGGCGAACCUACAGAAAUAGCUAUGAAACCAAACAAAAAUGAUUUCUUACACAGACUGACCUUUUUCAUCAUUAACAAUAAGCUUUUAUCCGAAAAAACAAAUAAGUUUAAUGCUAAAAGGGAAGUAUAUCACUGCAAUAGAUGCUUGGCGUGGUUGGGUCUAAAAAUCAAAGACACAGUCAAACUAUUCAACUCCGAAUUAAAGUUAGAUCGUAAUGGAAACGAAACAUCUGUAUUCUCCCACAAAACACCACAUUCUAGUACAACAGAUUUUAUAUUUACAAUAGAAAAGAUGGCCAAAGAAUUCAACCUAGGACUUCAAUUCACCAUAAUGUGCAAACUCGUGUUAGAGUGCACUAUAUCAGCUAAUAAAAAGCAAUACAUCUUAAUCUGGAUUAUGGAUAAGGAGUUGCAAGUGAUCAGGAACAGUGGGGAAUAUAUUCAGGGAGAUAAAAUAAUUUUGCAGUCAAGUUUGUUGACAAAAAUUCUGUAUAAAGUGGAGUUGUGUUUGAACGAAGAAGUUGAGAGUUGGCUGGCCGACCCGUCGGUGACGUCUACCGAGGUUUCCAAGAGCAUGUUUUGUCAUGGGAUAGAGCAUUUGGAGCGCAUGUCGUUGAAAGUCCCGGAAUGGUUCAGAAACGCCAAUGGAUAUUGUGUCAGCUAUCUGAACGUUUAGUUAAAUAAAUUGCCGCAUUUCA